CGUUCGUAUUCGGCCAUCGAGAUGGUAUUAUCAAAAGUGGGCAUUGUCGCUUUCAUGAUAUUAUUCAAUGUCGAUUCAGUGUUUAAUAAUGUUAUGAGUAGUCACAUAGAUAAAAUGAAAAGUGAAUGGGAUUCAGACGUGUUUUUGGACUCUUUCGGACUUUUGACGAAGUACGGUUACGCGCCCGAACGGAUUUCAGUGACAACAGAAGAUGGAUAUGUCAUCGAUACUUUCCAUAUUCCACGAAGCGGACCGCCUGUUUUACUGGUGCACGGUAUUACCGAUUCUUCGGAUGAAUGGCUGGUUUUGGGUCCAAAUAGAUCACUGGCGUACCAACUAGCUGAUGCUGGACUGGAUGUUUGGCUCUACAAUAGCAGAGGUAAUCGCUAUAGCAGAGAACACAGAGACAAUAUUCCAAAAAAAGAGUAUUGGAAUUUUACUUACGAAGAAAUGGGAACUCAAGAUUUGCCUGCCGUUAUCGACCAUAUUUUGAACGUUACUUCGCAAGAGAAACUGUCGUAUAUCGGUUUUUCUCAAGGAACAACUAUCUUCUUCGUUAUGUGCAGUAUGAAGCCUGAUUACAACACUAAGAUUGAGGUAUCAAUCCUGCUAGCUCCUGUUGCGUGGAUUGCACACUUAAAACUACCCACAAUAGGAAUUGUGAGUCGUAAUUUAGAGCUACUGUCUUCUAUUACUGAAGCAUUAGGUUUGUAUGAAUUGUAUCCCUUCAAAAUCAGUAAUGUAAUAAAAAGCUUAAGCUGCCUCCGGCUUUAUCCUACAAACGUUUGUUAUAUAGACUUUUAUAUUAAUUAUGGAUUAGUUCAUUCAGAUUAUUUAUCUCCAGACAAAAUAGCCGUUAUUGGUAGCCAUAUACCGGCAGGUACGUCUAAUUUAAAUUUUCAGCAUUUUAUUCAGAAUUAUUCUAGCAAACGUUUUCAAAGAUUUGAUUAUGGAUCAAAAAAGAAUCUGAAGGUGUAUUCUUCGAAACAGCCGCCCUUAUACAAUGUAGAGCUGGUCACAGCGCCCGUGAGCAUUAUUGCAAGUGAAAUUGAUUGGUAUAGUACUAACGAUGAUGUACAAAAACUUAAAAGUAAAUUACCGAACAUCAAAAGGUUUAUAGCGCUCAACAGUAGUUUAGAAUUUUCACACCUGGAAUUUGUGUAUGGUACUCGCGUACAAAAAAUAGUAAAUGAGCGUGUAAUAAACAUUUUAUUAGAUGAUUUAAAUAUGCGGUAGAGUAUGUUUUUCCACUUUAUUCGGCUGCCAAAGGAUUUUAUUUUUAAUUAUAAUCUACUUAAUAUAAUUUAGAU